AUGGCUUCUCCAUCCGUGAUGCCCCGCAAGCUGUGGGAACAUCCUAAUCCAGAGUCUACCAAUAUGGCAAAAUUCAUGAGAGAUGUCAAUCAGAAGAGAGGAACAAACCUAAAGACAUUCCAAGACUUGUAUCAAUGGUCACUCGACCAACGCACAGACUUCUGGUCCGAUCUCUUCUCACUACACCCUCUGAUCCACACUGGAAAGUACACUCGAGUGGUAGACCCAGCAGCUAGAAUGGACUCCAUACCUUCCUGGUUCUCAGGUGUACAGCUCAACUUUGCGGAAAACAUUCUAUACACCGCUGACCCUAAGAACCCAUCCGUACGCACCCUCACUGGCAAAGAAAGCGACAAAAUCGCCUUGACCGAAGUCCGCGAAGGAUGCACGGAGAUCAAACACUACUCCUGGAAGGAAUUGAGAGCCAAAGUAGGUGCACUCGCUCAAGCCAUGAAAGCACAUGGAGUCUCCAAAGGCGAUCGUGUUGCAGUGGUUGCCUCAAACUCUACAGAUACAUUGACUGUAUUCUUGGCUGUCACGACUCUGGGUGGUAUCUUCAGCUCCAGCAGUACGGAUAUGGGGAGUCAAGGUGUUUUGCAAAGGCUGACUCAGAUUGAGCCAAAGUGGAUUUUUGUGGAUGAUUGGGCGGUGUAUAAUGGCAAGACUAUUGAUUUGAAGCCGAAGAUGAAAGAGAUUGUGGAGGGGAUGGUCAAGAGUAAAGCCAAGGGGUUCCAGGGUGUGGUUAGUAUGCCCAGGUUCCAGGACAGACCGGCUGAUGUGGGAGAUGUGCCUAGAACUUUGAGUUUGGCACAGUAUCUUGCAAAGGCUGGUGGAAACUCGGAGUUGCCGUUUGAGAAGGUUGAUUUCAAGGAUCCGUUCUUGAUUGUGUAUUCCUCCGGAACUACCGGUGUACCGAAAUGUAUCGUGCAUGGCUGCGGCCCUGUCCUCAUCAGCUCAAUGAAAGAAGGCAAACUCCAUCUCGACUCCGGCCCUAGCACUGUCAACCUCCAAUACACAACCACGGGAUGGAUCAUGUACCUCAUGUCCACCAUGGCACUCCAACAUGGCGCACGUUCAAUCCUCUACGACGGCUCACCAUUCAUUCCCGACCUCACUACUUUCGUACGACUCGUAGGAGAGCAAAAAGUCACCGAUCUAGGUAUCUCACCACGAUACCUGCAAACCCUUGCUUCAGCAUCUCCUCCUGUGAUUCCCAAGCAAGUCACUGAUUUGUCUUCAUUGCGCCGUGUCUCGAGCACUGGAAUGGUUCUCCCUGAAUCGCUGUUCCAUUGGUUCUACGACACAGGUUUCCCUGCCUCUGUACAUCUCAAUAACAUCAGUGGAGGCACUGACGUAGCUUCUUCAUUCGCAAUGGGUAAUCUCAUGACCCCUUUGUAUGCAGGAGGAUGUCAAGGUCCUGGUCUAGCAAUGAACCUCCAAGUCUACGACCAAACCAUCGAAGGAGGAAAGGGGGUUAAAGGAAAAGCUUUGCCUAUCGGUGAGGCAGGCGAGUUGGUAGUCACGGCCGCAUUCCCAAAUCAGCCUGUAAAGUUCUGGGGUGAUGAAUCUGGACAAAAGUAUUUCGAUGCUUAUUAUGCUCGUUUCGACAACGUCUGGACCCACGGCGACUACAUCCUCAUCCACCCAAAAACCAAUGGCAUCUACUUCCUCGGCCGAGCCGAUGGCGUUCUAAACCCCUCUGGCGUCCGCUUCGGCAGUGCAGAAAUCUACAAUGUGAUUGAAGCCUUCUUCCCAGACGACAUUCAAGACAGCAUCUGCGUGGGUCAACGGCGACCCACCGAUGCCGAUGAAUCCGUGCUGCUGUUCCUGCUUAUGAAACCAGAAAAGAAGUUUUCGCAGGAGUUGGUCAAGGCAGUGAAGCAGAGGAUAGGCAAAGAGUGCAGUCCGAGACAUGUGCCCAAGUAUGUGUUUGAGACGCCGGAGAUACCUACGACGGUCAAUCUCAAAAAAGUGGAACUGCCAGUCAAAAGAAUCGUUUGUGGCGAUAAAGUCACGCCUUCGGGUACUCUACUCAACCCACAAAGCUUGGGGUACUACUACAAGUUUGCCAAAGUGGAAGAACUCGUGGGUGGUGUCAAGAGUAAACUGUAG